AUGGCUCCUCCGGAGAGCUUCGCCAAUUACCCUGAUGUCCUUGAGGGACCGGACACUGGAUACCAUCAGAGGAUAGAUCAUAACCCGGUGCUCCGGGGGCUGCCUCUUGUCCUAGGCGCCGGAAUCGGUAUUGUUUCAAGGUACUUUCUCGCCAACGCUGGCAUGACCAAGAUCAAAGACAUGCCAGUCUUGGACGAUGUUUCACCUACGUUCCAUCCUACCGUUACACCGCUGGGCCAGACUGGGCCCAUGAUUGAGUUCGAGCCGCAGCUGCUCACCUCCCAGCACGCCUCGUCCAAGGCGCGAUACUACUCCGCCGGCGACUACCACGCCCUGUACAAGAGCGGCAACGCCACUCCGCUGCAGGUGGUCGAGAAGCUGCUCGGCCUGACCACCGGCGCGGGCCAGUACAGCGACGCCUGGGCGGACGCUCACGGCGCCGAGAAGCUCGCUCUCGAGGCGGCCAGGGCGUCGACGGAGCGGUGGGCUGCGGGACAGCCGCUGGGCGUCCUGGAUGGCGUGCCGAUUGGAGUCAAGGAUGAUACGGAGGUGAAGGGCUACGUUAGCCACUUUGGCUUGAAGUACAAUGCUUCGCUUCCAUUCUUUGCGCCGCAGAAGGAGACUGUGUGGCCUGUGAAGAAGCUGCAGGAGGCCGGAGCCAUUGUACUGGGCAAGAACAAGAUGCAUGAGUUGGGAUCAGAUACCAGCGGUGUAAAUGUUGCCCAAGGGACGCCCACAAACCACCUCAACAAGGCCUACUAUCCCGGAGGCUCAUCCAACGGAGCUGGAUCCUCCAUCGGGGCCGGCGUCGUGCCCAUCUGCGUGGGCACGGACGCCGGUGGCAGCGUCCGCAUCCCGGCCAACUUCAACGGCAUCUACGGCCUCAAGCCCACCCACCACCGCACCCACGUCAUGCAGCUCACCAUGUGCGUCACCGGCCCUCUGGCCGCAAACGUCGCCGACCUGACCAUCGCCUACCGCCUCAUGUCCCAGCCCGACGCCUCUUGCCCGACACAGGGCCGCUUCGCCCUCUCGCUGCCGCCGGCUCCGUCCGCCAAGCGUGUCAUGGGCGUCUUCCGCGACUGGUUCAACAAGGCCGACCCCCCCGUGAGGGAAAUGUGCGACAGGGCGCUCGACUACUUCGCCUCCAAGCGCGGCUACGAGAUUGUCGACAUCAGCAUCCCCUUCCUCCCCGAGGCCCAGGUCGCCCACGCCGCUCUCUGCAUCAGCGAGAUGGCUGUAAAGAACCGCCGCAGGACGCCCAACCCGGCGGACAACCUGUCCCUGGCCGGCCCGGCCAACAGAGUCCUCCUCUCCAUCGGCGCCCAGGUGUCCGGCGGCGACUAUCUCAAGGCAAACUCCCUUCGCACCGUCUUGAUGAAUCAUCUAGCCUUUCUCUUCCAAAAGUACCCGGGCCUGUUGAUUAUGACGCCCGCGACGCCGCUGAUUGGAUGGCCGCGGUCGCCCGGUGACGACUCCUAUGGCAUGAGCGACACCAACAUCACCAUGAGAAACAUGUCGUACGUAUUCCUGGCCAAUAUGACAGGCACCCCUUCCCUCUCAGCGCCGGUAGGGUAUGUCGAUCCUGAGCAGGGUGAGGGGAAGUUGCCUGUCAGCUUGCUCGCCACGGGCGAGUGGGGGAGCGAAGAGCAGCUGUUGGCGUGGGCGCGGGAGGCCGAGGAGUAUUUACACGAGACGUACCCUGAGGGACGUAGACGGCCUGAUACAUGGGUGGAUGUGAUGGCAUUGGCUCAAGGCCAACAGUAA